UUGAUCGGCCUGAUAAUAUAUUUACUUUCUCCUUAUUUAUUGAUUAUCACACCAUGGCUGACUCCUUCUUCCUCCCUCAGUCUCACCAAAGACAAAUGCAGCCCAUGCCUUCAUUAGGGCUGCAGCAGCAGCAUUCUUACAAUUGUCAGUCUUCGUCGGGAGAAGUAUCGCCGUCAAGUACACCGGUCAGCGGGAUCACAAGUACACAUGCUCCCAAGUACGGCACAGUCAUCCCGAACAGAAUAUUUGUCGGAGGAAUUGCCGCGAAUACUAGUGAAUCAGAGUUAAAAUUGUUCUUCCAAUCGUAUGGCAGUGUCAAAGACAGUAAGAUUAUUGCAGAUCGAGCGGGUGUCUCAAAAGGAUAUGGCUUUAUCACGUUCGAUACCCAAGAGGAUGCAGAAAAAAUUAUUAAAAAAGAGUCAGACAACCUGGUGUUUAAAGAUAGAAAGCUGAAUAUUGGGCCAGCGAUCCGAAAACAGCAAGCAUUUCCUCGGCCGGAAACAUCAUUUUCACCCAGUACUGUGUUAUUCACAAACGGUUCCAUCCCCUAUACAUAUCAGAACGGCAUGGCUGUAUUCUCACAGGACGGUUCUGGUCAAGUUUACCAAGCAGCACAAACACAGCCAACGUACCCUGUAAUGGCCGUCCCCCAGCAUGUCGCUUAUGCCAUGACGCAACCGCAAUAUUCCGCAUAUCAGCCACAUCCUCACACACCUCAGACAUGGGCGUCUGCUGCCCAGGCUGCAGCUUCACAGUGGAGAUGGCAGAGCCCUACCCCAGCAGCGAUGGCAAGUAGCCCUGGUGCCUAUCUCUCGUAUCCCACAAUGCAACCUGCAGCGGCCCCGGAGAUGAUGUACGCCCAGCCGCCCCCUCAGGCCUACCAGCAGGAGAUGCCAGAAGCGGGUCUAAUGGAGCCUACUGAGGGCAGUAUGGGGCCUAUCGAGCACCGCCAAUGUAUUGCUGAGCAACAGAUAUCGUACGUUGACCAGAACGGGAUGCCCCUCCAGCAGGUACCAGCGCACAUGCAAACACCUCAGCCAGCUCACAAGACGGUCCCCAGCGUGGCUAGUUCCUACUACCAGGUGCCAAAAGCCCAGCCCAGCCCGCGCAAACACUACAGCACCCCGAUGCCGAUGAUGCGUGGCGGGAAGGUUCCGCGUUUGAUCAGGAAGGAGGUCAACGGGACGACUAUUAACGUCAUGCCCCAGCAGAACGUACCGCUGGAGACAACCAUCCCGCAACACGAGUACGAAUGUUAUGAAGUAAACCACCAGGCGCCGCCGACUCCCCCUCCCACCCCCCAACAGCUCCACUGUAAAUAAAUACUGGUUUAACAAACAAUGCACUUGCUUUCAGGUUUUCUGAGCACUUAAAGAUUCUCUCUGGUCCCAUACUAGUUGGGGUAAGCCCGAAUGGUCGUCCUAAACAGCAGCCAGUAAGAUUUAGAUCUGUACUUUAGUGAUCGUAAAUGAAAUAAGCAGGCCAUUUGACACGUUUCCUGAAAUUAUAUGGAUGUUGAAUGAAAAGUAAAGUGAGUUGCUGCCUAAAAUCACAAGCGUCCAGUUACUUGGAAAGCGUAGAGUCGUUUUCCUCCAAGUCGAAUUCAAGAUGGCCAGCGCUGGUUACUGGACAUUCGCAAUUUUUGACAACAAUUCUCCUAUCUUCAACCCAAAUUUCAGGAAGUGUGCCAAAUGGCCUUCUCGUUUCUUGUAUGGCCACUAAAUUUUGAGUGAUGUCUUCGAAUCUUCCUGGACGCCGUUUAAAACGGCCCAGCCUGAAUGCAACAUUGGAAUUCUUGUUUUAUGUUCAGGUUGAAGUUUGCUUGAUUUCUAUGGUUACUGUUACAAAUAACGACUGCUGUAUUCACAUAGAUUGGCAGAUUUAGGGUAGAAUGUUGACAUUUUUAGCAUGUUUGGUUUUCUGUCUUUUGAUGCAACUAUUUGAUUGAACUUCUGACAUUGUUGGUUCGUCUAACACGAUUUUGAGUGUUUUUUUCCUAGAACCUCCCAAAUAUAAUCAAAUUCGUGACUUGCUAUUUUGAUGAAACGUGAGAAUAACAACAGUUACAAGUUCUUCCAAGUUCUUUGGUUUUAGGCUUUUACUAAUUUUGCUUAACUCUCCGACAUGAGAAUGCUGUACACCGUCCAUCUGGUCGAACAAAUCUUUAGAAUAACAUGUCAGGUCCAGUUGAAACAUACGACAUUUCAAAUCACGAUCCAGUUGAUCAGAAUAUAUUCAAUGAUUGAUAAAACAGGGCGGGCGUCCACCAGCAACUCGCCUUGUCUAAUAAAACCUGGCUGUGGCUAAAAGAGGCUAAUGUUGCAACAAACCGGCCCAGGAUUAGCCCUGAAUUAAAAAUUUAUUAAACUUGUCUCUCAAAUGCUAGUGUUAAUUCAAACUCAAAUGCGUCUACCUAUGUUGUGACUUAUUAUCUGCUCAACUCUUGAGUAGGUCUCAAUAGUUGAGAGCCUGGUUGGAAAAACUCAAAGUAUUUCCUUCAAGAUUGUGAAUCUCCCCAUAAGAUUGGUAAAAAUUGUGUGUAAUUGUAUCGACAAAGAUUUUGACCUUCAUGUGAGGGGCUCGUUUCAUCAAGAAUCAUUCCUAAAAUUAUUAUUUCUAAGACAUUUAUAAUAGAUGUGAAAACUCGCUACAUAUGGUGCAGCCAUGUACUUUAGACGCCUGUCCUGACGAAUUUGACUGUAAUCAUUAUCAUCUUAUACUGCCAUUUUGUUCUGUUUAGGGCUCCAACAUCAAUGAAAGUAGAUUAGUUCUCAACUUUGCCACAAGGUGGCCACGGGAGCGCAUGCUUAAUGGGAAUUUUGCAAAAUUUGAAAUCUGCCAGUCUGCAGUCGUGACUCAUGGAAGCAAGCGAACUUCAUACGGGACAUAUUCAUAAUCUGCAGUCGUUCAAUAGUCUGAGAAUUCUACUGAAAAAAAGCAGCGUAAUUUGUCUGCAAUUUUGCUCAAGGCUUCUCUACUGUCUAAUUCAUUGGUUCUGUCUUUAGAGUCUGCUUGGAUGAUGACAGAAGACUGACAAGUGAGGACAUAUCAAUAUACAGUGAAACCUCAUUAGCGUACACCUUUUUAUUAAGGACAACCUCUCUAUUACGGACACCCUCUCUAAUGAAGACGCUGCACUUGGUCCCAAAUUGGUCAUUUCUAAUGAAUAUGACCUCUGUAAUUGGGACACCUCUCAAAUAGCAACAAAAUUUGUCAGUCCUAAGGGUGUCCUUAAUAGAGAGGUUCUGCUGUACUUGGUUGUCUGCACAGUUUCAUUCAGGGUUGUAAAGAACCGUCCAAAUGUUUGCCGCUCAGGCCAUAUCUACCAUAACAUAAGUGGUGAGAACCAUGGUGUAUGGGACCAGAGAUAAUCUAUUUUUUUAGACUUGAAACAUUCCCUGGGAAUUAUUUGUAAAUGAGUUUGGUCAGUCAAGACAUAUGGAGAAAAUAAUGCGUAAAAUAACUUGUGUAUAUAGAUAGUUAAAAUCAGAUCAAAAUGGACUGUUUUCCUAUUGUUUUUGAACGUACCUAGUUCUUAUUAUUAUACCCUAUUUUGUGCAGCCUUGUCCCCAGAUGCCUAAUUUGCCUGUACUCGAGGUUUGAUUAAGCAGCAGAUUCUUCAAACAGAACGAAAAGUUCUACGAAGUCAUUUGGUGUCAUUGGAUUGAGAAUCUGUGCUUUAUGCCUUGAAUGUCCGAUAUAAUUGUCGGUGUCAUGGUUUAGGGGCAAUGUGUUUGUCCAAAUAUCGUCUUGACAAAACCUCUCAUUUCUACCAGAUAUACUGGAAAUUACACUGCUGUUGAAUCUUGCCAUCGGUAGUACAUCGUUGUGUCAGUGAUUGUUUAACCUUGGUUGCAGGUUCACAUUAGGUCUCGAGGGGAUCCAGGUUGUGACAGUAGAAGUUCAAAUUUGAGUUAACUGUUGUAGCUAUCUUGGCAAAUAAUGACAUCCAAACUCCGCAGUCUACAGAGUUGUCAUGUCAGUCUGUCAUGUCUGUUCUUCAAGUGUUUCAUCAUUGACAUGGCUGCGAUUUGUCAAUUUCAGCACCUUAAGAUUUGGCCUUAUUUGCCCAGCUAACUUCGAUGGUAGCAAACUGAAUGUUGCAAGGUUUUCUGAAGUGCAUUUGUCAUGAAAGUACUGGUGCCGUUGUUGAAAUUGACAUCCAAAGUACUCGUGCUGUUGUUGCAAUUGACAAAGAUCUGGUGCAGUUGUUGCCCACAAAUGACCUAGUAUAAAGUACUUCCAAAUGCGGUGUUUCUGGCACUUUUUUGGACCUUGCAGCAUUUCAGAGUAUGGAUUGUUUACUUGUCAAUUUUAUUUCGGAAUACAGACAAAAUUUCUCAUGAGGGUUUGUUUUUUCUCACAGCACAAUUCAGAUGCGUUUAAAAAGAAUUUGUGUCCCUGGGACUGUCAUACUAUUUUUGCACCUGCAUCACUCCUAAGCAGAGCUGUUGUUCAGUGCCAUUUCUUCGUGAAAUGAGUAUAGGUGGGGAAAGGGAAUUCUCAGUGCUAGGGCACAAUAAUGUGCUAAAGUUGCCUGGAGAAAUUUGAAUUUUUUUGCUGUUUCACCCGCUUGUAUAUGUAAGUAAUGAUAAUGUCUGCAAUAAUAUUUGAUGUGGAUUGAAUUUGUUUUCACCUUGAACACUCGUUUGGAAAAUGAAUAUUGUUGUUGUCUAGGCCCUUUGAAGUUUGCUAUGCCUCGGUGGGAACAAGGAAUUGACCAGGAUAAGAAACUAUUUGCAGAAGGAUCCCAAAAUGGUAAAAAAGUCAAGUUUGUACUUUUGCAGUUGGUUUCAGUUGGUUCAUCUAUUUUAUACACAGAAUUACAAUGUUUUACACAAUAAUAAAAUUAUGAAGGAACGAUUUUUGCCGACACCUGUUUUUCUGAUAUAAUAUUUGCAAAAUAUGAAUUCAAACUAAUUGACUUGUGUUGGAAAGGAAAUAUUUUAUCAAUGGAAAUUUGUUUUUACCGAAUAUCUGGCUUUUACUGCCAUGUGUUUUAUCUAAGAUAUACUAUUUAAAAUCUUGACUAGACUUGGUCUACCUGUACGUACGUUAAUUCAGUGUUGACAAGUUUUUUCCAUCGUUCAAUGGAGUCGUGUUCAAGACCAGGGUCUGGCUCCUUCAAAUUCUUUUCAUUUUCUUAGAUUCGGUAUAGCUCGUGAUUUUCCACACCUGAGAUUACUGUUCACCAAUGUUGCAUCUGUAAUUUAAUGUCCUCUUUUAAUAAAGUGAAAAUAAUCUGCUGAGAUUUUAAAUAUUUCCUGAAGAAUUUGUAAAGGUAAGUAACCUAUUGCCGUGACAGACACCUGCAAUGAUCACCGCAUACAUGCAAUUUUUGUCACAAGAGAUCAUGAUUCCUGGCCACAGGGACUUAAAUCCCCACUUUUGCCAGGAUACCAGCAUGAUUACCUUGAAAAACACCAAGUCAGGGUCCAAAUUUUAGCACCACAUAACAACAUCUGUCCCACCUUCGGCCAAAAAGCUGGCCUCAAGUCCAGUUUAGAAAUAUCUUUUUAUUGAUGUUUUCACUUUCUUAAAAUCUAGGAUAAGUUAAACUUUGUGAUUUAUUUUUGUUCAACCAGCACCGUUCGUUCGUGAUGUGAUCCGAUCAUCCUCAAAACAUGGGGUCGUAUUAUGCUGUCGGAUUGCAAGCACCGUUAAUUGAGGAAUCAUGAAGAAAAAAACUUGAAAUUACGAAUUUGAAUUUCUGGUAUUAUAACUGAAAGAUUAAUGGCCAAUUUGUAUGUUUUAAAAGCUGGUGUAUUGCAAUUGCGUUCCGUGUAAGCCUAGGUUUAUUUUCACCUGAACUCUCGUAACUUUCUUCUGUGUUGGGGAGAGAAAUAAUUUCUCAAAUGCACAGAUCACGCCGUCUUUUAGUAACGAUCCUCACCACCUGAUAAUCUGGACUGUAAAUCCGUUGAUGCUUAAGUUUCGUAAUCUGUUCAUCUUUUUCUGAUAAAUUUCUGUAAUCGGAACUUUUGUAAAAUGUGUAAUGCAAGUUUAAAUGCAGGAAUAAAUCGGUUUUCUGUUUAACUUUGUUUGUGCAGAAAAGUACCUGCAAGUUCUGCUCCGUGCAUUUUGGGUAACUUGAAAGCAUGUGCAUUUGGGCGGGUUUUUAAGAUAUUUUUGUAGUAAUUAUUGUUCAUAGCCUGUGAAGGUGGCCAUGUUUUUGUAUGUGCAUUUGUCGUGAUCGCUGCGGUAAGCAUAUAUAUAUUGCAGCAGCUAGGCAGAAACCUCAGUAAUCAAACAUUUUUAUCGGUUUGCAUUUUUUGGGGUCGCCCUGAAUGAUGAUGUAAUAUAUGCACUUUUUUACAGCACUGUUAGACAGGGUUAAAUAUGCAAUCUUGUGACUGAUACAGUCUUCCCGAAUUUAUAGGUGGCUCUUAAAAUAGCUGUAGGGUAACCAGUACAUCUUGCCAAUUCAUAUACUGCUGUCUUCCAAAUGACUAAUUUGCAGCAUUUCGAUAUUCUUGAAAUUGAAAAAGUGUCUUCCAAUUUUGGAAUUUUUGUUGUCGGUGAUAUGAUUUUGCUGGACUUGUAGUAGGAUUUGAAGUCAAGUGUUUGAAUACUUAGCAUUAGUUUUGGGGUUAAUGAAAAGUCUAAUAAGUAGGCCUAGAUUCAGUUCUGCCAUGCCGCAACUUGAAGGCGUUUUGUUGCCAUGUAUUGUGAUGAUGUGCUACCUCCUAUGAUUGUCAAGUACUUGGUGAAAAUUCAUGAAAAAAGCAUGUUUUCUAGAUCUCAAAUUAGUUCGAAAACCGUAGUAAGUUUAGAUAAAUAACCAUUUUAUACAAGCCCCUUCCCGUAACACUUCUAUCCCGCAUCUUGAGACACCAGUGCCGAUGUGAAUAUAAAUCCGUACUGAUAGGCGUAUUAACCUGCAUUUAAAAACCUGUAGUCCCAUCAACCUUGCAUAGUACUCCAUCCAUCCAAUAUAUCACUCUGUAACCAUAUCAUUAACCACGGCAGUGUCCAGUCUUCUUGUGAUAAUAAGUGUGAGGGUCGCUUUCGGAACUGAUGAGUUUGGCGAAUAGUGGAAAACAGUUGUAAGCGCUUUGGGUUUUGAGACAAUUUCUGUUGAGAUAUCCAAUGGGGUAUCCUGAUAAAAACUACCAUGAUAUGAUCCAGUGACCUCUUGCAGUGGCCACUUUGACAGUGGCUGUGAUGUCAUAAAUCAAAGAUUUUUAGGUUCUGCUGAUAUGACAUCGCUAUCAUCCUUUUUGCCGACUCGAUCUGUUUCUUUUACUCAAAGCGUUGACCGUCCUCUGUAUUGAGGUGAAGGAAUUAAUCUUGCCAAUUUCAUCAUUAUUAUUUAGUUGUUAUCAUCCUGUGAUCAGAUUCAGAGUGUAGGCAACACCCCUCAUCUCAAAAUGGAACCAUCUAUGAUAAUCUCAGUGAGAUAACUUGUGAUGGUCUCUUCCAUUUUGUAUCUAAAGGGUUGCCAGCUUCACUUUUGUAUGCAAUUUUGUACCUCAUCUUAUAGCUAUAAACAUAUAUUGAAUCAAAGUAGAUAAUCAGAGCAUAGAUACUUGAUAUUAAUCGGUAAUUAAUAUAUUCAUCAGGUGUUGUACAAAUUUGAUUACGCUUCAUCAUAUACUCCCGAAGCCUAGAUCAUCUAUUUUAUUUUGAUUAAGUUUCAUAAUGUUAAUUUAGUUUCAUUUCGUUAUCAAUUUCGUUACUUCUAUAUUUCGUUGGGCAUUUAUUGCUAGCCAUGUCCUCUAUGAAUCUAGAAGUCUGAUUCAAAAAGUCUGUUAUCAUUACUAGAUAAAAGGAGAAGUCCCUUAAGAUAGUGCCAUGACAUUAUAAGUCUUUUCAAAAAUGUCUGUUCUACCCUACCCAAGGUCGUAUUUGCUGUACAAUAUCAUAUCAGUUUUUCAGAAUCUGAAGACAGUAUUUCAGAAUCUUGAAUCAGUAUUUCAGAAUCUCAGUAUUUCAGAAUUUCCAAUCAGUUUUUUAGAAUCUCAAAUCAGUAUUUCAGACUGAAAUCAGUAUUUCAGAAUCUCGAAUCAGUAUUUCAGAAUCUCAAUAUUUCAGAAUUUCCAAUCAGGUUUCUAGAAUCUCAAAUCAGUAUUAAUCAGUAUUUCGGACUCUAAUCAGUAUUUCAGAAUCUCGAGUCAGUAUUUUAGAAUCUCGGACUAGAUCUACCGAGUAUUAUGUAAUCACUUCAGCUCAGUGUGUUGCCAUAUCUACGUCAUUUUGUUCAGUUUAAUAGCUUAGUUGUUACCUUUUUGAGUUCAGUUUAUUUUGAUUUUCGUUAUUUCAUUGAAGUCAUUAAUUGAGUUGAUUAUAAUAAUAAUAGUAAGGAAGCAUAACUAGUAUAUUCAAAUGAUGUAUAACAAUAUUUGAUACUUGAAACCUUUUGUAAUGAAACAUCAAAAGCCCCACCUGUAGAGGGCUGCAGAAAAAAAACAGCUUAUGUAAUUCUCAUCAUCACCACUAUGUUCUGUCUUUGAAUUGAUGCUUGUGUAUAAACCUGGAUAAUCAGUUUCCCGGUUGCUGAGAAUCGUGUUUAUUCAAGCUGGCGUGCCAACUUGCCAAACCUGCAUCAAACCUGCAUCAGAAACCAGCCUGAUUCUCGGCAAGUUGGAAAGCGAGUCUCUCGUGCGUGUGUUAGAGUUAUUGGGGAGGGCAUGCAUAAUUCACUAAAGAAGUCAAGCCUCUGCCUUUUUGUGAGGAGGAUGUAGUUCUUGAUAUUUUUUUCUGGUAAGUCUUUUCAGCACGAUAUCCUCCUUUGAUCUUGGCAUUGUGUUAAAGUAUUGAGGGUAUCAGUGGAUACUCUCUGUGGGAUUAUUAUUUUUGUUCAGAUUGCAUUUAAUCCAUUGUUAAAUUUACCAAAGAUGUUGUUUGAUGCACAAUGAUGUUGCUGUAAGGCUAAAUGUUUUUCACCCAAUGGAGCAAAUAAUUCUCUGUGACAUGGCAAGUUCUCUUGGGCAAUUUAUCAAUGUUAGUAUCAAUGCCAUCAUUCAGAAAUGUUUUGGGAAAGGCAGUUUGGGAGAUCUUUAAAAAGCAACUCAGGUGAACUUGCUGUGGCACAGACACAUUUUCAGUUCGUUUUCAAAA